AUGAAGUUUAUCAUCGUAUUUGUUUUGAUAAUUCAUACUCUUUCCAUGAUUGUUGCACAUGGGAAGAAGGUAAAUAUUGAUCACAAGAAAACAAUUGUAAAGAGUGGUUGUGAUUUGUUUAAAGGAAGAUGGGUUUAUGAUGAAUCAUACCCUUUAUAUGAAACUUCACAGUGCCCUUUUAUUGAGAAAGAAUUUGAUUGCCAGAAAAAUGGUAGACCAGAUCAAUUCUAUCUCAAGUAUAGAUGGCAGCCCACAGGAUGUAACUUGCCUAGAUUCAAUGGUGAAGAUUUCUUAAGAAGAUAUAAAGGGAAGAGUGUUUUGUUUGUAGGGGACUCUUUGAGUUUGAAUCAAUGGCAAUCACUCACUUGCAUGCUUCACAUAACUGUCCCACAAGCCCACUAUACUUUAGUGAGAAUUGGUGACCUCUCCCUUUUCACCUUCACGAGCUAUAAUAUUAAAGUGAUGUUCUCGCGCAAUGCAUUUUUGGUGGAUAUUUUUAGUGAAAAUAUUGGUAGAGUUUUGAAACUAGAUUCUAUUGAAGCUGCCAAAACAUGGAAAGGAAUUAAUGUCUUGAUUUUUGACUCUUGGCAUUGGUGGCUUCAUACUGGAAGAAAACAACCAUGGGAUUUUAUUCAAGAAGGGAAUAAUAGAUUUAGAGAUAUGGAUCGAUUGGUUGCAUAUGAGAAAGGAUUGAAAACAUGGGCCAAUUGGAUUGAUACUAAUAUUGACAUUAACAAAACAAGAGUGUUCUUCCAAGGAGUCUCUCCGGAUCAUAUUAACUCAGAGCAAUGGGGAACACCAAGAGAAAGUACAAAAUUUUGUGAAGGAGAAGAAAAACCAUUAUUAGGAACCAAGUAUCCAGGAGGUCCACACCCAGCAGAAUUGGUUUUAGAGAGAGUUCUAAGUGGCAUGAAAAAGCCUAUAAAGUUGCUUGAUAUUACAACUUUAUCACAGCUUAGAAAAGAUGGUCACCCUUCAGUUUAUGGACAUGGAGGACAUAGGGACAUGGAUUGCAGCCAUUGGUGCUUAGCUGGUGUUCCUGAUACUUGGAAUCAACUUUUAUAUGCAUCUCUAAUUCAAAAUUGA